CUUAGAUAUCUUGGAAAAUAGAAGAUUUUGUAGGGUUUAUCUGGUGGUUAUUCAAUCCUAACUCACAGAUUAUCUCUCUGCGAGCGUUCGCCUCUCCCCCUCAGUUCCGCGACUCUCUUUCUCCGUCGAUCUUCCAUAUACACACUCUCUCCGUCUCUGCCAUACCCAUACACUCUCUCUGUCUCUGCUUCUUUGCGCUCAGUCCCCCUCGCGAAGAUAUCAAACCGACAAACCCUUUUUACCCCUUGAUUUCCCUUCCGUAUACAAUUAGCCUUUCGCCAUGGACUGACUGAGUAUGGAUUUCACCUUAACCUGGUUUUGAUUAUUGGAUUGAACAAUUGGUUUCUCCGGUGGGUUCAAUUUCUUCUGGUCUGAAUCAGAUUUAUUCUGAAGAUGGAGAUUGGCUCGAACGAUGUAUUGCCUGAUGAUUUUUUAAGUUAUCCUAGCAUUGAAGAGUACUGCGUCACUCACAAUAUUCAAAGUCCAUAUUCCGAAAAAGAUUACAGUGACAGACUUAUCGUAACAAGGAUCAUGAAAGCGAAUUUAGAGCUAAAAGAUGUUAGACUUCCAUUAUGUGGAGGGAUGCCGUUUCAUUGUAAAGGAGCCUUUAAAGUUGUAUUCAAACCUGCUGGUCAGACUUUCGAACAGUUCCUCUCAACAAAGAGGAACAGAGAUAGGUUAUUUGACUUUCCUAAUGUUGGAUUGGAGCAAAACAAGGCAUUUCGCGUGUCACAAUACUUCAAAGAUAUCAUACGGAAUUUAAUUGUGUUUGUUGAAGUAAUGGUUAAAAAUAGUCUAAGUUGUAACUUUGACCUCAAUCAAUGUUAUAUCUUUGACAUGGAUGGUUCUAAGGCUACUAUUGAUGUCGUAGAUGUUGACAAACUCAAGUGCGAGAAUGAUGAAUUUUUUCAUUCUCUGGUAAAGUUCAUCCGAUUAAUUUGUCAAAGAUGCAAUGAACCUGACCAAGGAGUAAAUUUUGAUAUGGCGAAAGACAGAGUCUUGAUCAAAAUUUUAAGCAUUCUUGACACAUUUCCUCACAGUAGCAAUACCCUACCAAUUAAGAAAUCCUCAUUUUUCUGGCAUAUUGAUGAGAAAAUUAAGCUCAUAAAGAGUUUGAGGGAUGCACAUGAUUUUCAUUCUGUGCUAACUUAUGUAAAACAACAAACUGUCAUAGAUGCAACAUGGAUUUCAGCAUUUGACAAUGUGGAAGAGAUUAAGAUUUGGAAAAAACAUUGUGAUGGAGUGGCGGCGGUGGUUGGAGCUACGCGGGGUGGAGCAGCGAUGAUUGGAGCUGCGCGGGGUGGAGCAGCGAUGGUUGGAGCUGCGCGGGGUGGAGCAGCGAUGGUUGGAGCUGCGCGGGGUGGAGCGGCGUGGGGUGGACCUGCGAGGAGUGGAGCAGCGGCGUGGGGUGGAGCUGUGAGGGGUGGACCUGCGAGGGGUGGACCUGCAAGGGGUGGAGCAGCGGCGUGGGGUGGAGCUGCGAGGGGUGGAGCUGUGAGGGUUGGAGACUUAAGGAGUGCAUGUGUUGCUUUUGUUGCGAACUCUUUGGUGCACUUUGAAAAAAAUAGAAGGUCUUUUAAUGCGGGAAAGACGGGAUUUCCGGAGAGUGAAGAACAAUUAUUGAAAGCCUAUGAAUACGCUUUGCCAGAGUUUUCGGUUUACCUGUAUGUUAUGGUAGCUAAAAUGGAAAAUGUAAAAUCUGUUAGAAGUUUUGGCUAAAAAUUUGAGGUAUGUAGGUUUGAAUUGUUUUAGUUUUAGAAAAAUUAGGGUAAUUAAAAUGUUGUGUUAAUUCUGGUAUUUUAAAGCACUGUUAUGUCAUUACCAGACUUGUAUGUUGUGGGAGCUUUGGUUAUUUUCAACUUAAAUGUCAUUAUCAGAUUGAUUUGUAUGUUGGGAGCUUUGGUUAUUUGAACUUUUCAACUUAUGCUAAUGAGCAUACUGAUGGUUCCUGG